CCGCUGUCCUGGGACGGCCGCCGGUGCUGCUGGUCCUCUCCCUGGAGGUGGAGGGAGGCUCUUUCUGCCUGCUGCAGCCUCUGCCGGGCACUGUGCUGGGGCCAAGGGGCUCACUGACCCCAUGCUCCUGCCCCUCUGAGCCUGGACGGCUGCAGGGGUUGCCACGAGGACCCUGGUGUCCUGGGCGGGGUCCCACUUUGGCCCUGGACGGCAGCAGUGCCGGUCUGGCCCUCAGCCGUGGCUGGGGCCUUGGGAUCUGAAGGCCAGAGUGGACCUCAGCCACUGUGACACCCAGAGGGACGAGGGUCUCCCCAGCCCGCUGAGGCUGGCCCUUGGGGUUGGAAAGCAGAGCUUCGGGGUAGCGGAGCAGCUUGCCCAGCACCCUGGGGGCAGGAGGACAGGGGGUGCGCAGGAGAGGGACGGAAUGACUGGCCCCUGAGGGGCUCAGCAUCCCUCAGGAUCUGGAAGAGGCCGAGGGGCCAGGCGGGCACCCAGGCUCCACAGGCAGACCUGGGGACAGCCCGGGGCGAGACGCGGGGAGGCAGGAAGAUGGGGUGCACUCGGGGCACAGCCGGGCGCAGGCAGGGGAGUGCCAGCUGCGUGGCCGAAGGGUGCCCCUGCGCCUGCUCCCGCCCAGGGGGCGGCCGAGGUUGAACGACGCGGACGCGUUUGGACAGGGCGCACUUGGGCCGCGUCUGUGGGCAGAGCCGCAGCGAGGCCACAGCCGGCCAGGGCGGGAAGAGGAGGCAUGGCCGAGCCCAGAGCUGGCCAGCCACCAUGGCCUGUCAGGGAGAGUGCCAAGCCUCGCCUGGCGAGCCCUGCGCAGGAGCACUGUCCAGUGUGGAGAGGAGACACAGCCCGGACCCCGUCCCCGUCCCCCGGAGGCGGCUCUGAGGGGACGGUGCAGACACUCCCCAGGCGCAGCCGCGUCUCGCCCCUGCAGGGAAUGCUGAGCUGGGCACUGAGCCCCUGCAACAUGUGAUCAGUGACACCAAGAACAGAGAGGCCUGCACAGUGCCGGGAGGGAGGACCGACAGGCGCAGGACCAGUGGGGACCACAGCCACACCAGGAUCCAACAGGCCAGGAGGGUGAGGCCUGACCUCUGACCCUAGGUCCCCAGGGGCAGGCCUGACUGAGCAGACACGGGCAGAGACUUAGAAGAGUCACAGUGCUGGGGCGAGGAGGCUGUCAGCAUCAAGUUGACCAUGGAGCACAUCACAAGAGGCUCACCACUCAGUGGAGUGUGGAGGAUGAAGAGGAAGUGGCCCGGGAGCAGCGCCGGCGGGAGCGGGAGAGGAUGAAGCAGGACCAGGAUGAGGGUGGCCCAGACCCAGACCAGCCGGAGCAGGAGGCUCUCCUCGGAGCGAAGCCCUCGGAGGCCCCUGAAGUAGAUGAGGACGAGGGUUUUGGUGACUGGUCCCAGAAGUCAGAGCAGCAGCCGCAGCAGCACUGGGUUGAGGAGGGGGCCUUGGAUGGCGGAGAGCGCCCCGGGGCUGAAGGUCCAGAGGGCAAGCAGGACAGGUCCUGCCAGCAAACCUGUGGAAAUGAGAUCAGUGAAGGGCUGCGGCAAGCCAGUGUCCACCUGGAACAGCUAGGUUUGAGCCAGGAGGGGUCUGGCCCAGAGGAGCCUGUCCAGGGCCACCAGGAGGUGGCAGAGGCUGGGGAGGCAGAGGAGCACCAGAGAUGUCAGCAGCCCAGGACCCCCAGCCCCUUGGGCUUGGAGGGGAACACCAGACCAAGCUCACCUCCCCUGAGCCCUACCACCAAACUUGCUGACAGGACCGAGUCCCUGAACCGCUCCAUAGAGAAGAGUAACACUGUGAGGAAGUCCCAGCCAGCCCUGCCCAUCGCCAAGAUCGACGAGCGGCUGGAGCAGUAUACCCAGGCCAUCGAGUCUGYAGGCCGGACGCCCAAACUCUCCCGCCAGGCCUCCAUAGAGUUGCCCAGCAUGGCGGUGGCCAGUACCAAGAGUCUGUGGGAGACCGGAGAGAUGCAGACUCUGUCUUCUGCCAAGACCCCCUCCUGCAAGGAUAUCGUAGCCGGAGACAUGAGCAAGAAGAGCCUCUGGGAGCUCAGAGCAGACCCCACGCCCUCAUCCUCCACCAAGGCCACCCCCUCUGGAAAGAGGUACAAGUUUGUGGCCACCRGACACGGGAAGUACGAGAAGGUCCUGGUGGACGAGGGCCCGGUACCCUAGGGCCUGCGUCUCGGUACACACCAGAAGCACCUCUGUGUCCCCAGACUCACCAGCCCCCGGCCCUGGCUAAGAGACUGCUUCCUGUUGCCACUGUAGCCUGACCUUGUCCCUCUGACAGCUUCACUGCUGUCACCACCCCCUUUUGCUUCUGGACCCUCCAACCCCUAUCCCACCCCACUGAUCCCCCAGCUCUGCCUCUGGCAUCUCGGAGGAAAGAGCUUCCUGACCGUUGGCUCAAUGGCCCAUGCCCUGGAAAGGCUGAGCCUUCCCAAGGAAGGCCAGAGAUGGAGGCCGGUCACCCGCCACACAGCAGGAGCCCUGCGCUGGGAGGACACGGCCUCACACCCUUCCCUGCUCUGCCUUCGGAAGACCCACUCUGUACAAUAAAGUUCCUUGAGCAGCCCCCA